GCUGCAGCCCGCGCUUGCCUUCCCAGGCCCUUCUCGAGACGACUUUGGAAUCUGGAAGAAGGUCUCCAAGUUCGUCAAGCGAGGACCAGCGCUAGGCUCAAGAUUUCCCGAGUCUUUCCAGGGUGUCCCGCGCCAGCAGAGCAAUGAGGAUUGCCUCGGGUUGGCGUGGAUUGACGGUUGGCUCCUGGAUCUCGUUGUGCGUCCGCAGUUGGCGGUGGUGCGUUCGGUUUCAGAGACUCAGCAGUUCUUUUUCACCUUGCAGACACCUCCGCCACCAGCGGCACCAGCAGCGCCGACCAAGGGCAUUCCAACGAUUCCAACUCAGGAAGCUACGGCCUUCACAGUGGCGGUGCCAACAAAGAACUUUGCCACGUUGGGCCUGCAGCUGGAGUUGACAGAAACAAGAGCACCUACAGGUUUGGGAAUAGAGGAGGGAGCCAUCGAGGAAUUCAACAGGGUCUACGUGGGAUCCGACAUACGCACCUUUGACGUUUUGCUGGCCCUUGAUGGAAUCCAAAGCUGGGAAGCCAUUCAGAAGAAGAUGACAAGCAAAUUGCCUGACAAGAUGUACUUGACCUUCAAACGCCCCAGAAAGAUUCAAAUCGUUGUGGAAAAGACCGGUGACAUGGGCAUGACCCUGGCUUACACAGAUAAAUCUGUUGGAGUCGUGGUUCAAGAGCUCAACCACUCUGGGCUCAUGGCGAAGUGGAACGCCAAGCGGAGCGUUCACAGCGAUACCCUUGGGGUGCUGGACCGCAUCAUUGAAUUUGACGGGAAAGCUUACUGUGGCACUGAGUUGGCCACCCUCCUUGAGGAGAAAAAGAUUUGGCGCCUCACAGUGCUGAAGUAUCCCCAAGGCCUUUCGUCGAGACUUCCCCAAAGAGUGGGCUGCAGUGAGCACGACGGAUGGCCAGAGGAUCCAGGCAAUCCUAGUAUCUCGCAGCAGGCGCGGGCCUUGCAGAGCCAGUUGCGGUUGCAGGGCUUGAGCGAGGGGGGCGGGGAUGACCCUUGCAGCCACCCUCUGAGCCUUGGACAGUGGAUACUGUACCUGGCCAAGUUUGGAGGCUGCAUCCAGGAGGCCAAGUGUUGCGACUCUUCCGACCAGUCCACUGAGCUCUCUGGAAUGACGAGUUGGAGGAAACGGCUCAACGAACUCUACGAAGAGAGUUCCGCUGGCGAUCAAUGCGAGCCCAGCCAGGAGCUUUCUGCAAAAAGGGAGACGGAUGUCAGAAGCAAUCUGGGCCGCUUGGCACCGCCCCGCACGGAUGGUCUGGGCAGAGAGCCCACGCUCGAGGAGGCGGAGGAGGCUGAAGCGGAUGAACCCUUGGUAAAUUAUGAAGAUAUUGCAGCCGAACAGGUGGCGCUACGCUUGAAGCCCGUGGCGUCCAUUUUCCACCGCCAUGUGGAGCAUGUGGAGCUGGAUGAGGUCGAGCCUCUGCCGAGUGAUGCCUUGGAGGUAGAGGAGGAUAUGCCGAGCAUUUCUAUGCGUGGCCCAAAGCGUCUACGUCCAGAAGAAGCUCGACUCGAACGCGCACCUGUUGGUUUGUUGCAACGUUUGGCAGAAGUUGAAAAGAACGAAAGGUUGGAAGGCGGAAGCCGCGGCAGGGGGCGGAGCCGAACGAAGCGCGCUGGCCAGUUCGAAUUCAACGAGGAGGAGCCAAUUCGGGUGCGUGUGUUGGAUGUUGACGCCCUUCCCUUGGAAGAAAUUCAUCGCGCCUUCAUGUACACCUUGGUGAGACGGCGACCCGCUGAGGUCUGUGUGAGGAUCGCGUCGGGUUUGGCCAAGUUUCGAGAUAAACCAGGACAAUUGGCAUACCAGAGACUGCUGAGUGGUACUGGGAAACUUUUUGGGUCAACUCAUGGUCCUGAACUCUUGGCUCUUUUUACCCGAUGUUAUGCCACGAUUUCGGUCCCCUUCAUGCUGGACUAUACCCGUCAGUACGGCCAUUUCUCCCGUGCCUUCUUGGCGGAACAGGUAGAGAAAAGCCUGCGACCAGGAUUCUUUGACUUUAUGAGAUACGAAGAUCAAGGGGGUGUGAGACCUCUGCCUUUGGUGAUCUCCAAACCAUGGUCCAUCCAAGCCUACACUCGGCUGAUGUCCAAGAGUUAUUUAAAGAGCAGACUCUACGAACAGCUGAAACUUCACGGGCAUAUCCCAGAUCUGGACAAAGAUACAGAUCCUGAUUUGUCACCGGAGGUGCGAGUCAUGGAGGAACUCGGCAAGGCUGGGGCCCUCAAAGUGGCAGAGCGGCCAGCGCCAGCGCCAGCGUCGAGGGCCGAGGUGGCUCGCCCAGCUUUGCUGGAUGCCAUCAUGCAGGCCGAGCAUUCUGGCCGUGGCUGGUCCCCUGACCAAGCCACUGCAACGCCCAAUGCGCGUGCGCCGCUGCGGGGUGUGCGACGGGCGCUGGCGGAGGUGGAAAUCGACUUGGAGGAAUCUGACAAAGAGGAGGGUUUCUCCGAUUACUACGAUGAAGAUGAAGAGGAAGUCAGUGAUGAUGAAGGCCGAAGCAACCGUUUUGGUUUGCAAUUUGAACGAGUGGUUCCAGAGUCUGCCUACUCUGUGAGCGCUGAAGAUGGCCUUAUGAUGGAUCCAAAGCAGUCGAACAAACGAGACUACGAACUUGAGGAAGUCAUCGCAGAUCGCUGGUGGUCUCGUCUCCGGCGUCGCUUCUUCCGACACAACUACCGCGCCUAUGGUUUGGUGGAGGGACAGUGGCAACGAGUGCCAGACCCCCGUGGACCGCGCUAUAAACCGCGAAAACGCCACCGUUCACGUCUACAAAAGAAGGAAGAAAAGAUGAAGCGAGAAAUGCAGUCCAGAUCUCGGUAG